AAAGAGAUGGGGAGAGAGAGAGGGAGAGAGAGAGAGAGAUGGGGAAAGGAAGAGGGUGAGGAAGAGAGAGUAAAGCAGUCAGCAUCUCAGCUUUGAGAGAAUUCAGAGGUGGGGGAUUAGAGGAAGAAGAAGGAUGAAUGUGAGGUGAUUGAGUCAGGAAUCAUCAACUGUUCGUCCACUCGUCCACAUGCAGCCGGUGAUUUUCUUUCUGUCAGAGAGAAACAGGAGACAAAACAGCCGGUCGGAAGGAAAGGAAAAAAAAAAGACCGGGGAGAGAAACGGGCAGUAACGUGGAGAGGGCAGACUGCUCUCUUCUCUGUCUCUGAAGAUCAUGCGUGUGAGCGUAACAUCACACACUAGACGACCAUGUUCUGCCUGAGAACAGACGUGUCCGUGGCCACUUCCAGCACUCACCACCAGGUCGGGGUUGCGGGGGGGGAUUUCAUGUGGAGCAGAUUUCCACUGGAUUUCACACAGGAGCGUGUUUUUACGAAAAUCGGCAUCUGACGAAGCUUUCGUGCCUGAGAAAGUUUGGAUGCUCAAAAGAUCACUUUCCCGUCACGAUUCUAGAUUUUGGAACAGGAUUUGUGGCGUUCCUCUGCCCGUCCACCUUUUUUGGCGAUGCUGGUUCUAAGAUUAAACCCAUGAAACAAAGUGGAGUUAACUGACCAUGUGCUGUAAUGAUCGGAUCAAAAUAGUUGCCUUUUGAACAGCUUAGUCAACUAAAGCGUGCUUCAGUUGGACGAGUUUCGUUGGUUGUGGAAGUGGAAAUAUUGUUUUUUGUUUUUUUUGCAACAAAGUUGAACUUUUUUAUAAUUCUUGGUGAAUUUCGUAGUUUUACAUUUUUAUCUUAAUGUUCUAUUACGUGUUAUUGUCUAGUUUGAUGAUGGUCGGCUUAAAAAAUUGGAUGGACCUUGAGGGAAAUAGUUUACCAGAGCAACAUCAGGCAGGAUGUCCCUGCAUAUAUGCUGUGUGGUUUUGACCGUUCUUCUGUAUAUGAGAGUCUCUUUACCAACCAAACAAAACCUGAAACCAGGAACUAGUACCAUUUAUUCAUACCACAAGUUUCUCAUUCAAUCACUGGAUGGUCAACAGAGCUGCGUCUUUCCAACUGAUGUCUGUGGUAAAUGAGUUCAUAGGCACUGUGGGCCCACGGACUACUGCCUGUUCUGAUUCACUAUAAGGAUGACAUUAAAGGGCGAUGCAGUGGACUUUAAAAGCUGCUCCUGCCCUGACUGUGUUACGUCUCCCUCCAUCACUGCCUCCCACUGACCAUGCAGGUUCUUCAGAUCGUCAAAGAGUUGGUGUCUCCAUCCAGACGCAGAGCAGCAGCAAGAUUUGGAGCGUCUAAUUCUGAGCAGAGCGCAGAGGUGAAACUUGACCAGGAACGAGCCGAGAUUGUUGCUAAAUAUGACAAGGGUAAAGAAGCCACAGUGGAGCCCUGGGAAGACACUGACUACCACCUGUACAAGGUCAUCGACCGCUUUGGCUUCGUCCAUCGAGAUGAACUUCCAUCCUAUGACUCGGUGGAGCAAAAGCAAAAGCACAUCGAGAUUGAAAGAAGCAGCAAAUGGUUGAAGAUGUUGAAAAGUUGGGACAAAUAUAAGAACAGUGAGAAGUUGGUGAGAAGAGUCUAUAAAGGAAUUCCUCUGCAGCUGCGGGGAGAGGCCUGGUGCCUGCUGCUUGAUAUUCCCAAAAUCAAAGAAGAGAAGAAAGACUUCUAUGAGAAGCUAAAAGCACGAGCGCGGGGUCUCUCUCCUGACAUCAGACAGAUCGACCUGGACGUCAACAGAACCUACAGGGAUCACAUCAUGUUCAUGCACCGCUACGACGUCAAGCAGCAGGCUCUUUUUCAUGUCCUCACUGCCUACUCCAUCUACAACACAGGGGUGGGUUACUGGGAGGGUGUGGAUAGAUCCUUGCUUUGCUGCUUACUGCUCAUCUACAUGAACGAAGAAGACGCUUUCUGGGCUCUGGUCAAACUGCUUUCUGGACACAAACACGCCAUGCAUGGAUUUUUUGUUCCCGGUUUCCCGAAGUUGAUCCGUUUCCAGGAUCAUCACGAUCGUAUCAUGAAGAAGAUGAUGCCCAAACUGAAACAACACUUGGACAACCAGGAAGUUUACACCAAUCUUUACACCAUGAAGUGGUUCUUUCAGUGUUUCCUGGACAGAACGCCGUUCACGCUGACUCUCAGAAUUUGGGACAUUUACAUCCUGGAAGGAGAACGUGUCCUUCCUGCCAUGUCCUACACCGUCCUCAAACUGCACAAAAAACAUCUGAUGAAGUUGUCCAUGGAGGAGCUGGUGGAGUUUCUUCAAGUCUCUUUGUCCAAAAACUUCUACCUGGAGGACGACGUGGUGAUUGAGCAGCUGCAGGUGUCGAUGACGGAACUGAGGAAAGCCAAGCUGGACAUGCCCGCUCCAGGUAACGAGGACGAGUUCCCUAAAAAGCCUCUGGGCCAACUUCCUCCACAGCUGACCACCGCAGCAGCAGGAGUGUCAGCCAACCACGUGGCCAACGGUCAGAGCCACACUGAGCCUGCGGAUCCUCCCGAAGAGCUGCGUUCGAUGCCAGAAGGAUGUGAUGAGAGUAGACCGCCGAGUCGGCCCCGCAGCGACUCGCUGGACAAACCGUUGGGUCAGCCUGUGACUGAUGAAAGGGACGCUCGGUCCAGGGAAUCUGGAGAAAUUUCCCACAUGCGGCAGAAGGCGUCGCCACCUGAACGACAGGGAACGUCUGUGUCAGUAAUGAACGACAGAGCAAAACCUCCAAGUAACGCAACCGCCAACCACAACUCUAACGCCGUCUUGAGCGCCCAGAGAGACAUCGCCCCCCGCUGGUACAAACCCUCAGAGACGAAGCUGGAAGCAGCGAAGGCCGCAGCCGCCCGAGACGUUCAGCGGAGCAGAACAGCAUCACCGGUUCCUUCCAGUCCAGACGACGCAGGGCUUUCACACAAACGGCCGCGCUCCAGGGGCUUCGUUCCUGGAUCCAACCGAGGUUCCAACGCCUCACAGUAUGACAAUGUACCAGGUCUUCUAGAGCAGAACUUUGAGAUUCUGGACCUGGAAAGACCGCCGUCCAGAAUGAGGACCCCACGUAGUGGGACGCCCCACAGUAUGUCGUCUCUUCAACAAAGUAGUCCAACUCAUGGUCCCAGAUACCCGGUUCCUCCUCAGUAUUUUCACAGCAGCCCAGCAGGGGGCGGUGUGAACCAGUUCCAAAGUCCUCCCAGGCAACCAUCACCCAACAGAGGCAAGACUGAGGUUCCCAUCUUUCAUGCGGUCUAUGGCAUGAAUGUGGACCACGACAGACUCUAUGUCCCCCCUCCCAGGAUUGGCUACGCCACCACGCAGCACCGUUCAGGUAGAUAUUCCCCGGAAAAGCCUCUCAUGAACAACUCCUUCGCUACUUACCGCAGACAGGCGGCACAACCCCAGAUAGCACGGCAUCCACAGGCCUACGCUGCCAUGGACGGCAGGUUUGACGGACCGCCAGAAGUCAUCCCCAAGCACCAGCACUACAGCCAAUCACAGCAAGUUGUCGACAAUGUUAUAUGGACAUCGGAGGACAGACGUCCAACCCUUCAGCCGAUGUCGCCAAGCGAAAUGCCGCGUUCGCCUAGCUUCCAGCAGGCACAAAUGUCUCCACUAGAGCAGUUCACAUUCCCGGCAGACGCCAAUGCUCUGCUCUCGUACAGAAUGCAGUUACAGGAGCGACAGGCCAUUGUACGCCAACAGCUCCCCCAGGUGUUUAGAGAGCCACACUACAGGCACGCGCCGGAGGCAUUCACUAUGCAGGACUCGAUGCUGCUGUGACCCGUUUGGAUCAGUUUGGAAAAUAAACUGUUAACUUUAAAGUCACCAACACUGGGCUAACUCUCUGACAAGCGUUAGCUUCAUUACGACCUGGUUUUUGUUCUUUAUAUGUACAGAUUGGACGCAACUGCCCAGGACGUUUUUACUGAUUGAUUUAUAAUAGAUGGAAAAAAAAAAUCAGUAGAUAAAUUGACUGAGAAUUUAUUUUAUUUUUUGGAUGUAAAUCAUUAAGAGUCUGAAAUGUACAGAAGAUUUCCAGUGCAUAUAUUGAGUUUUUAUGAAAGAAAGAAAAUAUUCUCCUGACCUGCAUUUAUGUUAAGUCUUUAUUUUUAAAUGUUACAUAUAUUUACAGUAGAGAUGGGUUUACUCUAUUUUCGUGUGAAUGUUUUUACUCAGAAAGAUAAUUGGACCACAUUAUGUAAUUUAAAAUCUAAGUCACUGCAGGGUUUUUUUUUUUUUCAAUGCAACAUCCAUGUACACGGAAGAGGUUUUUUUUUUCUUCUUCUUCUUAUUCUUGUGAAUUAAAGGGAAAUUUGACAUUUGAACACAUGGUUGAACAAGGUACUGUCAGUAGAAUAGUAAGCCAAACAUUCUCAUAUUUUUAGAACUUGUUCAUGUCAUGUUCACAGAUUAGGUUUCUCAUUUAAUGACUCCGUUAGAAAAACAGCAAAACAAAACUGUUUAUCUGACGUGCAAUACAUUUCUGUAACAGCCGAAGGAGAAAAUGUCAAUGCGUACAUAUAAUCUUAAGGAGUCAUUUUAUAUCAUUUUCUAAUUAGAGGUUAAACUCUAAAAACUAGUGUUCAUAUUAUUUGAUUUUAGUGGCUAAUAUAUAUAUAUAUAUAUAUAUAUACACACACGAAUGUCUGAUAUUAUCUUUUUUGCCGAUAUUGUCCAAACACUUAAUUUCCGACCUCAACCAAUACAUGCAGCCCCCAGAACUGUAGUAAACGCCUCUGGGCCCCUGCAAAUGAUUCCAGCCUAUUUGGCAAAACACAGGCCUUGGGUUAUCAGGUUUUCAUUAUUGGAGCAAAAACCAAUAACGAUUCUUACUCAUAUUACAUAAUUAUGCUAAUAUCAGGCUGACGGAUAUUAUCAGACAUCCCUAAUAUA